CUGAGCUAUGUUGCUCUCCGCUUUCAUCAGUUUUGUCAGCCAGCUUGUUGCCCAAGGCCACUUCAAGAAAAAAACAAGUAUUGGGUUCUGAGAACUGAGGCUUCAAGGAAUAUUGCCAGAGACUGACUUUAUUUCAUGUAUGACCUGAACGGAGGCUGUUACUCUAAUUCUGUGAAGAGCAGACAUGAGCUUGUAUGCAAGAAGGGUAACCUUGCCAGCAAUCACUCCAAUAGUUCUGCAAAAAAGGGUAAUUAAAGUAUACAGUGAGGAUGAUACUAGCAGAGCUUUGGAAGUGCCAAGUGAUAUAACAGCCAGAGAUGUAUGCCAUUUGUUAAUACUGAAGAAUCAUUACAUAGAUGACCACAGCUGGACGCUGUUUGAACACCUUCCUCACAUAGGUCUAGAAAGAAUUCUAGAAGACCAUGAAUUGGUACUUGAUGUCCAAUCAAACUGGGGAAUGGAAGAAGAAAAUAGACUGUAUUUUAGAAAAAACUAUGCUAAAUAUGAGUUUUUUAAACAUCCAGUGAACUAUUUUCCCGAGCAUAUGGUGUCAUUGUCAAACGAGACCAGUGGAGUGAUAGGCCACACACAACUAUUACAGAUGUUCCUAGGUUCCAGCACAUAUCCUGAAAUUCAUGGUUAUUUGCAUGCAAAAGAGCCAGGGAAGAAAUCAUGGAAAAAAUUAUACUUUCUUUUGAGAAGAUCUGGCCUGUAUUUUUCCACUAAAGGGACAUCAAAGGAACCAAGGCAUCUGCAGUUUUUCAGUGAAUUCAGCAGUAGUGAUAUGUAUAUGUCUUUGGCAGGCAAAAAGAUGUCUGGAACACCAACAAACUAUGGAUUCUGUUUUAAGCCCAACAAAGCAGGAGGAAUCAGAGAUCUGAAGCAGCUUUGUGCAGAUGAUGAGCAGAGCAGGACCUGCUGGAUGACAGCAAUUAGAUUACUUAAGUAUGGAAUGCAGCUGUAUCAGAAUUACAUGCAACCAUAUCAAGGUAGAGGUGGCUGCAGUUCUUUGACUAUGUCACCCAUGAGAAGCAUUUCAGAAAAUUCCUUGGUAGCAAUGGAUUUCUCUGGACAUAGAAGCAGAGUAAUUGAAAAUCCAACAGAAGCUCUUUCAGUUGCAGUUGAAGAAGGGUUAGCAUGGCGGAAAAAAGGCUGUUUACGUCUCAACACACAUGGAAGUCCUACCACUUCUCAAAGUGCCACAUCAGGUGUAGCUAUUCAUAGAACUCAGCUGUGGUUUCACCAUAAAAUCUCUAGGCAUGAAGCUCAACGACUUAUUUUACAGCAAGGACUUGUAGAUGGAGUUUUCUUGGUACGGGAUAGCCAAAGUAACCCCAAAACAUUUGUCUUGUCAAUGAGCCAUGGAUUAAAAAUAAAGCACUUUCAAAUUCUACCAUUGGAAGAUGAUGGAAAGCUAUUCUAUACACUGGAUGAUGGUCACACCAGAUUUACUGAUCUUAUUCAGCUAGUGGAGUUCUACCAGCUUAAUAAAGGAGUGUUACCUUGCAAGUUAAAACACUAUUGUGCCCGAAUUGCUCUUUAACCAAAACACAGUUAAUUCACCAAAUAGAUAGAAAGGAGAUGCUAGAACACUUUUUUUUCCCCCAAGAUAAUUUCCUAGGUGGAAAAGUCAUUACAUUGAAAUGGUUGUAAAUAUCAUAUGGAAAAAAAAGUUUAUACUUUCCAUAUAGAAAUACUUUGCACUGUAAUUGUCUCCAAAAUAACUUUAGUAAAAUAACUUCAGAAAAAAAGUCAUAUAAUGUUCCAGUACUUGAAAUCUUUUUCAAAUAGAAUCAGAUAUUUUUAUUAUGAAACUUUAUUUACCAAAAUGAGAAAGGAAGAUACCUCCAUGUUGGUAAUAGAUAAUUCAUAAAUGAGUUAAUUGCAUUCAGAAAUACUUCAUACACAUAAUUUCUAUUCCACAAUCUCAAAUAUAACAUGAACUUUGGGUAACAAAACUCUAGAAGUUGGUUUGUAUUUAAUUUUGUAAAUAAAACAAUUAUUUUGCACUAUAUUUUAAAUGCU